AUGAGCGCCGCCGUCGACACCUUGCCGAGCGCACGCCUUCCCACUGCGAACGGAGGCACGGCCGCGGGCAAUCACGAUGGCGGCGGUGAGCGCGUCUUUGCGCACAUUGACGAUCUCAAAGCCGACGCGCAGACGGGAUACAGCCAGACACAAUCAGUCAGCCAGCUGUUCGCUUUCGCCGAGCGAUCGCUGCAACAAGCCCAGUCCUAUAUCGACUUCCGCCGCCCAGACCUGGCCUUUGUCGACUACCUGCGAGCCUACGAGAUUGCAGUGUCCGUCAUUCCUCGACACAAGGACAAGGUCCAUUUCAUGCACGAUCAGCAUGGAGAUCAGAAGUUGAACAUACUCCAAAGAAGGAUCACUGCCUUGGACGACAAAUUCGCCAAGAUCAAGGAAGAUAUCAUCGCGAACAACGCCCGCUCUGGCGUCUUGUCCCGAGAUCAACGAGCAGGUAGCGGUGUCCCGCAUGCACGUGCCGGCUCGGAAAGUGCUAUGGCAAUGGCAGUGCCGGUGCCAGCCUCCGGAGCACAUAAAGUCAAGCCAUCUGUCUCACCGAAGCCGGAGAAGCUCCAUGCCAGAGCGAUAUCAUCUAUCAAUGGCUCGACGUCCUCUCCUGGAGCAGAGUCGAUUGCAGAUAGAUUUGCCAAGCUACGCGCUUUUGGUGCUGAGCUUCCGAACGGGAGACCGCGCUCGAGAGAUUCUACUUCGUCCGUUCAGAGUCUCGUGAUGCCUUCUGCGAGUGAUUUUGGAGGAAACUCAGAUGCCCCGCAGAAGUCUGCCUUGACCGCCAGACCUUCUGGACCCCGAGAGAUGCCUGAGAAUGGCACUGCGCCUGGACCUCCGGCGAAGUUGCCGUUGGACACCCUGAUAGCUGCGGCCAUGCCCACACCACCUAGUCCGACCUACAGCCCUGCUCGGAACAUGCAGACGACCGGUAACAUCGCGCCACCUAGGCACAGCGCCAGAAGUUUGGCAGGUCCUAGCCGCAAGUCGUCCUUGGUCCCUUCUUCAUCUGCCUCGUACGUGGCUCCCAACGGGACAGGAGACUACUUUGGCAAUGCUUCGACGAAUGGCGCAGCACCAGUACCAGGCCAGAUGCCUCGAAGGAAAUCAGUUCACAUGCCAAAGGAGACUCGCAUUAGCGCCGAACGAUUGUAUGACUACCGGGAACGAUUCAACAUUUUGCUCAUCGACUUCCGGCCUCGCGAUGAAUUCGAUCAGGGUCACAUAUACACCAGGAAUGUAAUAUGUAUUGAGCCAGCUGGACUACGCCAGGGCAUGAGCGCCGAGGAGCUGGCUGAUCGUCUCGUAAUAUCUCCCGAUGAAGAGCAAGAAAUCUUCCACAACAGAGAUAAAUUCGAUCUCGUAGUGUACUACGAUAAUCAUACGCAGUCGGAAAGCUACCUUUCGCAUCCGCAAGGCGAGGCCCAGACAAAGCUCAAAUAUCUACAUGAAGCUCUCUACGACUUCAAUCAAGAUAAGCCGCUGCAGCGUCCUCCAAUCUUACUGAUUGGAGGUAUCUUGGCUUGGGUCGACCUCUUGGGCAAUCAAGCUUUACAAUCAAGCAGCACUCAAGCCCGCGUCAAGCCCGGCCGACCAUUGCAAAGGCGUGUGCCGAGAGAUGGGCAGAUGCGGCUGCCGAAGCGCCGAUUGCGCGAUUACAAUCCCCUCGAUGCGGAAGAAGAGAAGAAGUGGCGCGACCGAGCGCAAAGUGAAAGCAUGCCAGAAGCUCCUGUACCGCAAGGCAGCGAUGAUGAGGAGGAGUCUGAUGCAAUGCAGAAAUACCCCAACAUCGACGAGUUCAAUGCACGCUUCCCUGAAGCUGGUACCCUUGGACAGCAGACCAUCACAAAGAUGCCAUCUCGUGAUGCACCACCACGUCCUCAGUCUGCUGGGCUCCAGUAUCCAGCUACGCCCGCACAUUCGGUAUAUCCUCCCACGCCUGCUCGACCAGCACCAGCAGCACCGCGUGUGAGCUAUACUGGUGUCAGCGACCGUGCAGUGUCACAAACGACGCCGACUACCAGGUCGUCCAGCCAACUGCUGCCAUACAUUCCUCAGAGAUUCUUGUCGCAGAAUAUGCGCAUUCCCAAGACAGGCAUCCAGAACUUUGGCAAUACGUGCUAUAUGAACGCGACGCUGCAAGCUCUAUCUGCUACCACACCCCUCACCAUCCUCGUGCUCGAUGACGGUUACAAGAAACUCGUGCAAAAGGACAACUGGAAGGGCAGCCGCGGUUUGCUUCCGGAAAUUUAUGCAAAUACUGUGCGCUCACUCUGGGAAGGCAAGUACGACUACAUCAAGCCGACGACACUGCUUGGCUUCUGUGCACGUUUGAACAGCACAUUCAAGGAUCCGAAUCAACAGCAGGAUGCGCAAGAAUUUUUCAGCUUCAUUGUCGAUUGCUUGCAUGAAGACUUCAACGGUCAGUGGGCGAAGCAGCCACUACGCAUGUUGACCGAGCAGGAAGAAGCGAAGCGUGAACGUAUGCCUAGACUGGUCGUGGCCAAGACCGAAUGGGGUCGCUAUAUCCAUCGCGAAAACUCAUUCUUGACAUCAUUAUUUUAUGGACAGCAUUCUUCGAAACUAAAGUGCCCAAAGUGCAGCUUCACAAGCACGACCUACGAAGCUUGGGCGCUUUUGCAAGUCGAGAUCCCAGACACUCGGGAGAUCAGGCUACAAGAAUGCCUGCGACAGCACUUCAAGGACGAGUUGCUCGACGACGAAAAUCAAUGGACGUGUCCGAGCUGCAAAGUGCCUCGACGAGCUACGAAAAAGCUCACGAUGACUCGUGCGCCUCCCUUCCUGGUCGUGGCAUUGAAGCGCUUCAAGCAGAAUGCCAGGGGCGACCAACGAAAGAUUCACACCGCAGUGCGUUUCCCGUUACAAGGCUUAGACAUGGAGGAGUUUGUGCUCCCGCCCCCCUCACCUCAAGAAGCUGUCGAUAUCGCCACACACCACGGUGCAGAUGCAUUGAAGACGGACGUAACGUUGACUCCACCAUACAUAUAUGACGCAUACGCUGUCGUGAGGCAUCUAGGUGACACUACGAAAAGUGGCCACUAUACCUGUGCAGUGAAGGACAAAGCUCGAGGUUGCUGGAGAUACUUUAAUGAUACAAGACACAGCGACUUCCACCCUGAGAACGUCAGUGCAGGGCAGGCCCUUGACAACGACCAGGCGUAUCUCGUCUUCUAUCAGAGACGGAACGCGAAUGAGACGAAUGGCGCGGCGAAAUAGAGCCUCCCGCCAAGCGAUGUGAUUGUUGCUGAGCGUUCCGAGCGUGUGAUGCAUUACGAAAUGUUGAUCAUAGAGUUAUGUAUUUCUUUUGAGGCCAAUCAUAAAAUAUCAGUCCAGAACAUCCCCAUAG